CGCGUGUAGUUUGCGUGUUUAAAUGUUGCUUUGGCAAACAUAUCUAAUGUGGUGUAAGUUAUGUGUUUGGGUGUGUACACACGGCUAGUGACAGAUAGCUGACGUUAGCUGUGCUAGCCGCUACUGGCUAGCUGUCACUACGAACUGGUCAACUCAUUAGUGGUGGAAAAUGGUCACAAGGCUUUACUGGAGUCAGUGUUUUUCACCCGAACAUGACAAAUGACGCAAACUCGCCAGUCGGAGUCGCCCAAGUCAUCACGCCAGCGAGUUACCCGGCCCUUCCAGUGUCGACGGCGGCUAGCGCUAACAAGCUAGCCCGCUAAAGAGGCGCUGCGCUGGGGGCGGCUCGUUUCGGGAGGAGCCCCCUCCGCUUAGCCCACCUGCUAGCUAACGGCGGCUAAUGCUGGCUACUCACCCAGCCAAGAGACGAAGCCGUUGAAUGUGAUCAAAAUGUCCUCCCCAAAAAACAACCACUUGAGGCUGUCUAAUGUGCGCUGCGGCCGGGCGAGCUAGUGAAACAUCCGGUUGUUCUCCAGCAGGCUCCGCCACUUGUCUCAACUUCCCGGUUGGCUUUGUAGCACGAUGAUGACAGAUCGUAUGACAAUCCUACGUCUGGUCGAGCCCCGCCAAUCAUAACACGCAGUUCACAUUUGCUUUAUCUAAUAAAAUAAAUGUCUUUUAACAGUGCAUGCUACGCGACAAUACACCUACAAAACCUACAAACCAACAACGGAAAAAAUAUAACAAUAUAAGACAGUAAAAAUGUAAAAAUGUAACUCGGCUGUUCGUACAUCAUUCGUACAUUGUGGGGUCAAAUUUUGGUCAAUUUUCCCAAUAUAUUUAUAAUGUUUAUUUUAUUAUUGUUAUAUCCUCUCAUCUUUUCAGUACUAAAGUAUUCCCAACACAAAACUGUCGGCGUUUGCAAUGGACACGUUGCUAGGCAACGACAAACUGUUAGCAAGCUAGGCCUCACAUUUCCUCCUCAGGGAAUAUUUUUAACAUACAGUAUACAUUGUAUGAAAUAUUUUUUAAAGGACUUUCUAGGUGAAUACAUCGAACGGAAUGAAUCUGACAGACAGACUGACGCAACUACCGAGUGCUGGAAAGAAAGUCCCCAUAGGGGACAGCGCUGAGUCUUGUCUUCGAGAAGUAAAAAGGGCCCCGACCCCGCCCACGAUUAGGAAGUACCACAACAGUAACCGACCCGGGCCUGGCGUGAUCCGAGUGCACCACGGGAAGGCCAAUGACCCCAGAAUCGCAGACACACUUGUCCACGGCAUAUGCAACAAGUCUUCCCUGACGGCAGGAGCCUCCCUCAACCCGCCCCCAAGCAGCAAGUUCCAGCAGACGUUACAAGAGUUCAGCGAGGCCGUAUAUGCUUCCCAAAGGAAGGCGCCGCUGGGGCAGAUACCCGACCAACGCUCUAGACUACCCGCCUGGUACAACAACCAAACCACGUUUGGAGUUAGAACUGUAAGAGAUUUGGACGCCUGGGAUGUUAUUUAUCCUCCUAAAACAGUCGAGGAGUUGGACAGGGAGGAUCAGGAGGCACACAAGUUUUAUGUCCAGAGUCACAACAACUAUUUUGUUGGCGAGCAAGUAGACAGGAAGUACACAGUGGGCCACUACAAUAAAGACAGCCGCUUUGGGAACCCAACGCCUCAUUUCAACGACGGACGCUAUGUUAGCAGAUGUCUACACUGGCUGGGCGAGACCAAUUUCUACAAUCCAAAUCCUGACUGCAGUGAAAGGCUGCAUUCACAACAGAAAGGAAGUAGCUUGAAGGUGCCACCAAACCAUGCCUUUGGAGUUAACAUACCUCAUGAUGAAUUCGGCGUUGCAGAAUUAAUCCACUGCACACAGCCAGGCAAGAACGUCCAAGCAGAGCGACAGCGUAGACUGUCUGGUGCAGUGCGACACCACCUCAAGAUGAUCAACUUACAGAACUUCUCGUCCCUGCUGGAGGCCUUCAGGCACUAUGACAAGAAAGGCAAGGGGUACAUUGACAAGGAGGACCUUAAGGAAGUGUGCCACAACUUUGAGCUGGAUGUGAGCGAGUCGGUCCUGGACGACCUGGUUCAAUUCUGCGACACCAAUCAAAACGGAUUCAUCGACUUUCUGGAGUUUGCCAACUUCCUCACUUGGAAGGACAAGAUGCCUCUAAACAGAGAAGAGCAAGAUCUGAUCAUGCACGCCCCGACCCAGACCAGCUCAGAUGGCGACUCGGCUUCCAGUGCUUUGUUAAAACAUGGAGACCUAAAGCCUUUCAAGAGGGGCAGUUCAAAGAAGAAAGUGAGGACGCUCCGACGACCGGAAUCUCCCUCAGACCGCUUCGUUACUUCCUCCUCCUUCAUCGGGGCUGCCAUUGGGAAACCGUUGUCAUCAAACGCUCGCACCUUCGGGAUCCCGUCGGUCCGCACAGACAUUUCAGCCCCACGCAACAGGAGAGUCAACGACAACAUUAACUACGGCGAUUUGACUGCGGCAAUAGAUCUGCUGCUGCCAUCAGUGAACGGCCGCCACGGCGUCUACCAAGACGACUUCUUCUGUCCACGCUCCAAGAAAGAGAUUGCAGAGAUCUUCAGGAAUGUGGGUGUGAACAUUUCCGAGGAGACGUUUGGGGAGGCCUGGAAGCUGGCGUCAGCCAAGCAUCCCGAGGGGGACGUCUGUGUCGAGGCUUUCCGAAGGGUCCUAAAGGAGAUAAAAGCUUUAUAACCAGAACAUUUUGUUUUUACUGCCUAUCAGGCAAUGUUUGAGUGGAAAAGUUUAUUUUGUUACUAAAUGUGACAUAUUUAUGUGUCAUGAUGUUUCCAUAAAAUCAUUUUAAAAAUUGCUAAACCUUUAUUUGUCCUGGAAAUGCAAGCAAAGUGAUAAUUUCACAUCUGUUCUGUGACAAUAUCAGGUUGGAUUUCGAAGCAGUCUGAGCUGUAAUUGUAUUAAAGAGACAAAACAAUUCAUUUAUGGCUCCUUGAAGCUGCCAUCAGUUUCGCUAAGUGGAAUAAUGAAGGGUUUUGGCAGGCGGCCUUGACUC